AUGGCUCCCGGAGAAAAGAUCAAAGCGAAAAUCAAGAAGAAUCUGCCCGUGAGGGGCCCCCAAGCACCCACCAUCAAGGAGCUGAUGCAGUGGUACUGCCUCAACACCAACACCCAUGGCUGCCGCCGCAUCGUGGUGUCCCGUGGCCGCCUCCGCCGCCUGCUCUGGAUCGGCUUCACGCUCACCGCCGUGGCCCUCAUCCUAUGGCAGUGUGCCCUGCUCGUCUUCUCCUUCUACACCGUCUCUGUCUCCAUCAAAGUGCAUUUCCAAAAGCUGGAUUUCCCCUCUGUCACCAUCUGCAACAUCAAUCCCUACAAGUACAGUGCCGUGCGGCAUCUUCUAGCUGAUUUGGACAAAGAAACCAGAGAGGCCUUAAAGACCUUAUAUGGCUUUUCAGAAGUCAAAUCUCGGAAACAGCGGGACACAGAGUCCUGGAGCCCAUCCUGGGAGGGCAUCCAGCCCAAGUUCAUCAACCUGGUCCCACUGCUGCUCUUCGAUCAAGAUGAGAAGAACAAGGCCAGGGACUUCUUCACAGGGCGGAAGCGGAAAGUCAGUGGGGACAUCAUCCACAAGGCCUCCAAUGUCAUGCAGGUCCACGAGUCCAAGAAAGUGGUGGGGUUCCAACUGUGUCCAAAUGAUUCCUCGGACUGUGCUACCUACACCUUCAGUUCAGGGAUCAAUGCCAUUCAGGAGUGGUACAAGCUGCACUACAUGAACAUCAUGGCACAGGUGCCUCUCGAGAAGAAAAUCAACAUGAGCUAUUCUGCUGAGGAGCUGCUGGUCACCUGCUUCUUUGACGGGAUAUCCUGCGAUGCCAGGAACUUCACGCUUUUCCACCAUCCUAUGUAUGGGAAUUGCUACACAUUUAACAACGGAGCAAACAAGACCAUCCUCAGCACAUCCAUGGGAGGCAGUGAAUAUGGGCUGCAAGUCAUCUUGUACAUAAAUGAGGAAGAAUACAAUCCCUUCCUGGUGUCCUCCACUGGGGCGAAGUUUCUAAUCCAUCAGCAGGACGAAUACCCCUUCAUUGAAGAUGUGGGGACAGAGAUUGAGACAGCCAUAUCCACCUCCAUAGGAAUGCAUCUGACUGAGUCCUUCAAGCUGAGUGAACCCUACAGCCAGUGCACAGAGGACGGCAGUGAUGUGCCCAUUCAGAACAUCUACAACAAGACCUACUCCCUCCAGAUCUGCCUCUACUCAUGCUUCCAGAUGAAGAUGGUGGAGAAGUGUGGGUGUGCCCAGUACAGCCAGCCUCUGCCUCCCGCAGCCAACUACUGCAACUACCAGCAGCACCCCAACUGGAUGUAUUGUUACUAUCAACUCUACCAGGCCUUUGUCCGGGAAGAGCUGGGCUGCCAGUCAGUGUGCAAGGAAUCCUGCAGCUUUAAGGAGUGGACGCUGACCACCAGCCUGGCACAGUGGCCAUCUACGGUUUCGGAGAAAUGGCUGCUCCCUGUUCUCACGUGGGAUCAAGGCCAGCAAAUAAAUAAAAAGCUCAACAAGACAGACUUGGCCAAACUCCUCAUAUUCUACAAAGACCUCAACCAGAGAUCCAUCAUGGAGAGUCCAGCCAACAGUAUCGAGGUGCUUCUGUCCAACUUCGGUGGCCAACUGGGCCUGUGGAUGAGCUGCUCUGUGGUUUGCGUUAUCGAGAUCAUUGAAGUCUUCUUUAUCGACUCCCUCUCCAUCAUCACACGCCGCCAGUGGCAGAAAGCCAAGGAGUGGUGGGCCCAGAGGAAGGCUGCCCCCGGCCCCGAGGCACCCCCCAGCUCACAGGGCUGCGAGAAUCCCGCCCUGGAAGUAGACGACGACCUACCCACCUUCUCCUCUGCACUGCACAUGCCUCCAGGCCCUGGGGUCCAGGUACCCGGGACACCGCCCCCCAGAUACAACACCCUGCGUUUAGAGAGCUUUCCCCAUCAGCUCACAGACACCCAGGUGCCAGUGGAGCCCUGA